AGAGUGACUUUGGUUCUCUAGUUCACUCUCUAACUUCAUGUGAAGCGGUGGACUAAAGGUGGACUUCUGUUUUAAAGAGGAAAAUAUUUUUGUUUUUGUCGUGAAUCUGUGAACAUGUUUAACAGCUUGCUGAAGGACUUUGAUGAUGACCCGUUUUUUACCAGCAGCGAUCCAUUUUCUGCUCAUAGGGACCACAUGAGGCAGAUGAUGCGCAGCUUCUCCGAACCUUUUGGUGCAUCCUCCAUGCCCAGCAUCACAGAUGGGAGAAACCGCAGACGUAAUGUAGCAGAGUCUCCAAGCUCAUCUCUUUCCCUCAGAAACCAGCACAGGGAAAUUAGCCAGUCGUUGUUGCCUUUUGGCAGCAUUGAAAGCACGGACAUGAUGCAGAACCCUUUCAGCAUGUUUGGCAGCGUGAUGAACAGUGUGAGAAACAGGAUGGAAGAAGUGAACAGAAACUUUGAGAACUUGUCAGCAGAUUCCAACACCCACUCGUUCAGGUCUUCAUCAAUAAUGACAUAUUCAAAAGUUGGAAAUGAGCCUCCCAAGGUCUUCCAGGCAACUUCGCAGACGCGCUGCGCACCUGGAGGGAUUAAGGAGACACGCCAAGCCCUUAAAGACUCUGAAAGUGGUCUGGAGAAGAUGAAGAUUGGACACCACAUCAAGGACAAAGGGCAUGUUGUGGAGAAGAAAUGCAAUAAGAAAACUGGAGAGAGAGAGUUCAACCAGGACUUUCAAAAUAUGGAUGAAUCUGAAGCACAGUCAUUUGAUGAGGAAUGGCAGCAGGCGGUGUCCAAGUUUCAAUCAUCAGCCCCCAUGUCUAACCUUGUGCAGCUCCAUGCUGCCCACCACGCCGCCCUCCCUGCUCCUGAGCAGCAUAACGCUGCCCUCCCUGCUCCUGAGCAGCACCACAGAGAUAAAAGGAAGAGCAUGUUGGAGGGUAAAGACUCAAACAAACCCAACCAGUAAACGUUUGUCUUUGUGUUAUUAAAAGUCUUUUAAGAAACUCAAA